CUAACAAAAACUGUACAGGGAACCACUCAAAAAUUUGAAUUGAACAAUCCAGUGCCGAUGGCUCGCAACUCCAGUACGUUAAUGGUAGGCAGUCACUAUAAGCUCGGCAAACGGUUUGGAAAAGGUAAUUUCGGAGAAAUAAGGCUUGGAAAAAACAUGUUGAGUGACGAAGACGUCGCCAUAAAGACGGAGCCGAUCAAGAGUAAAAUGCCUCAACUGGUACUCGAAUAUAGGUUGUAUAAAAUACUCGGAGCGACAGAAAAGAACCACGCAAUACAUGGCUUUCCAAAAGUAUAUUUUUACGGCAUGGCUGGAAGACUCUACAACGCGUUGGUCUUAGAAUUGUUAGGACCCUCGCUAGAAGAACUGUUUACAUUGUGUAACAGGCAUUUCACAUUGAAAACCGUAUUGCUGAUUGCCAUACAAGUGUUACACCGGAUAGAAUACGUGCACAAAAAACGUUUAGUGUACAGAGACGUCAAACCCGAAAAUUUCGUUAUCGGCAGACAAAAACUGAAAAAAGACAAUGUAAUUUUCAUAAUUGAUUUUGGAUUGGCCAAAGAGUAUAGAGACGCGCAGACAAACAAGCAUAUUCCUUAUAGAGAAAACAAGAACCUCACGGGCACCGCAAGGUACAUGAGCAUCAACACACACUUAGGCAAAGAACAAAGUCGUCGCGACGACCUGGAAUCGCUUGGCCAUAUGUUUAUGUACUUUUUGAGGGGUUCUUUACCGUGGCAAGGGUUGAAAGCGGCUAACCUAAAGGAAAGAUAUCAGAAAAUUGGCGAUACCAAAAGAAACACGCCCAUAGAGACCCUCUGUGAAGGUUAUCCUGAAAUGGCCGAAUAUUUGAAGUAUUCAAGACGUUUGGAUUUCUUCGAAGAACCUAAUUAUGAUUACCUGAGACAGCUUUUUAUUGACUCUAUUAAGAAGAACUCAUUAACCGACGAUCAACAGUUCGAUUGGUCUAAUAAACUUGAUGUGAGUAGUCCCAUUUUAAACUUGUUCGUUUUUAAAUGCACUAAAUUAACACAGUGUUGA